UACAUAUGUAUAUAGCAAAGAAACCAGCGUGAUGUACAUACAUAUAUACACGUAGUAAUGUAGUUAUAUAUAUAUGUAUAUAAAGGACCAUUAAUUGAAGUUAUGCAAAAUUAUAAUAUGCAAUAUAAAUAAAUGCAAUGCUUCUUAGCACUUAUUAAAGUGCAUUCCUAAAUACCUGACAGUACAUUAAUGAGAUAGUGUUAAGCAAAAGGAUAAUGUGACACAAUUCAAACAAGCUGCAGGCGAAAAGAAUUGUAUUAUGCAAACUCGAGAAAUAUUAACGAAUCUGCUAUUGUUAUUUUCGUCGUUUUAUAUUAUUCGCUAAAAGUGAAAAAUGAUAAAGAUUUGGUUUAGUGCUCGAAUUUCCGCAAUGGAUUCAUACAGCUUCAGUUCACAUUUCUAAGUUUCCAGUAAAACGAUGCAUACAAUAAUUUAAAUGAAGCUACAUAUAUGUACACAAGUAUGCUUGUGUAUAGAAAUAAAUACUGUAAGACAUCACAAUGUAACAAUAUGUAUCACCUAUAAGGGCUUGUCUAAAAACAUGACUACACUGUAAAUUAGAAACUACAUAAAAAGUGAGAGUGAAUGCUCAGAAAAUAGAGAGCUGAACAAAUAACUUACAAGCAACAGAGCCAAAACAACCAAUAGUUCAACAAUCAAUAUCCGACCAAUCGGUUCAUAUAUUACCAAAGUCUAAACACAUUAACUAUCAUUAGCUGUGUCAGCAGCCAGCCGCCAACUAAGCCAUCUACACUAUUGCCGUCAGCCCGCCGCCAAAAAAAAAACCAAACACACAAAGACACAACAACAGAGGUUAGGGUUAUAUUAACUAGUCAAGUUUGCAAAACGCUUUAGCCAAUCAAGCUUAUCUAGCAAACAACUAACCCGCCCAGGAAACAACACAAUUCGGCGCCAAACGCGGUGACGUACUCUUAUUAAAAUGAAUGCCAGUCUCAUUUAUGAAAUCCUCAUGUAUUUGAAUUCAUUUUACUUUGGAAUGUACGCCAUAUUUGAGAUUGGUGUCGGUGUACUGAAGGCAAUCGGAUUAAAUUAUACUAUGCAAGAGUUGACGCGAGAAGGGUGCAUAUUACUCGCAUUGUGCAUAGUAGAAACAAUACGAAUUGUACUAGGUCGGAAGAGCAGUUUAAGCGAUCGAGGCUGGCAAGCAACAGCAUCCGUAAUAUUAACACUGCCCAGUCUUGCUCUUGUUAUCUAUUUAUGUCUUUUUCAAACCUACGUUCUCAAACUCGAAUUGAUUCUGAGUGCCUUAAUGAUAGCCCUCCAAGGUGCUGAACUAGUGUAUGCCUGUGUCUUCAUUUGUACCAUGUUUGGCGAUGUUACGUAUACCUAGCAGUCGAUAAGAAUUUACAUUAAACUUGUAAAGAUGAACUUGGAACUUUAAUGGUACUGAUACAAGAAUAAGGACGUUUUUACUUCGAAAUCGAAAACACACAUAACGAACGAAAGUUAAAUUUCAGCCAACUUUUAGAGAAAAGCGCACAUGGUUAUCGUUAAUCUCCAUGGUCAAAAUUGCAACAACAACAGUGAUGCAUUUCACCAAAACCAAUAAUACACAAUUUCAGAAAAGAAGCCAACUCAACUUGCCAGUAAGGCAACUAAGGCAACUACAACAAACACCAUUCUUAUUUAUGUAUGUAUGCAGUGAAAUGUAGUUCAUGUGAUUAAUACCGAAAGAUACCCGAAGCCAAAACUAUGAUUUAUGAACCGAAUCUUAUUAUUUCGAGACUUUGAUAUGGAAAUAUAUAAUAUAAUAUAAAUGCAGCGAAUAAAAAUGUUUUUUCCACGUCGAAACUAUUUAGAACGAAUGGACGAGUAUUGUAUUCCAUACUUUAUACUACCAGGUUGGCAAGUUAUUUUAUCUGUUUUCCUAACAGUUCCAUGCUUUUUCGGUGUCUCCUACAUAUUGCUUCUACAAGAAUAUAAACUACGUCUGGAAUACGUACUCUGUACUUUACAGAUCGGAUUAUAUUUGACAGAAGUUUGGUAUGCAAUACUUUCAUUUUUUUCAUUAUGUCGUCCAGUAACUUUCGAAUAAAAUUAGCCAAAGCAGUAAGAUAAAAUUUUCAAAUAUUAAUGUAACAAAAGCAGUUAAUUAAGAUUGAAUUUGUAAAUGUGAAGAUUUUUCAGUGGUAUUCAAGUAAUGUAAAAAAGUGUAACAUUAUAUUAAUAAAAGAAAACAAAACACAAAUCAUAGCAAUAAAAUAUACGAAAAAGAAUUUUUAAUGUAAGACAAAAUCACAUAAAAUGUAAAGUUAUGUAUUAUUGAAAAUAUGGAAAUAUAAAAAAUAUAUAUGUAUGUAUACAAACAUAUUAAACGCGAAGAAUUGAUAUAAGAAUUCUCAGACUUUUGAAUACACCUUUUUAUAGUACAUACAUUAAUGUAUAAAAACAAAACCUGUUACGUUUGUAAGUGAACAAAACAAAAAAAAAUAGUGUAGUAGAAGUACACUUAUUUAGACAUAAUAUAUAAAUAUGGCCUAAAUAUUUUUUGUCAUAGAAAUCAUUGGAUUAUCAGUGUGUAGUUGGUUAAUACACCAAUAAAUAUUCAUAAACUUUACAACGUAAUGCAAAGGAACAUACAAACAAUCUGCUAAAUUUCAGCAUUAAUAUGAAAAAUACUAGCGGAAAUUCAAGCUCAUUCUAAAGCGUUAAUAUAUAUACAUACAUAUGUAUAUGCAUGCAUCUACAUGUAUAUAUGCAUAUGUGUAUGUUAACUAUAUGAACCAAAUUCACAUUUAUUCUUAAGGACAAGCGAAGAAAAAAUAAAUAGCAUUCUUAAAAUUACACAAAGUUAAAAUUUGUAAAUAGGUAUAUUAUCAUACAAGUCUAUAUAUACCUAAAUACAUAUGUACAUAUAUACAUACAUGUCUCGCAUAUACAGAAAAUCUAUAUAUACAUAUGUACAAAUGUAUAUUUAUUUACAUAUAAUAUUUAAAGCUCUAGUUAUAGGUAUUCAUUCACAGGCACAAAAUAUUUCAGAAUUACUCCUUUAGAUAUGCAUUACUCGAUUGUGAUGUGUAAGUACAUGCAUACAAUUGUACCCAUCUUCAAAAGCAUGUAAAAAAGUCUUUAUUCGUCUUAUAUAUUUGAGAUAUGUUCACUUGUAAAAUUUUUAUAACAGUAAUUUUAUAUGUAACUGACAGCUAGUUGCUAGUUAAAGUUUUGGUUAAGCGCUUAACCAUAUAUUGAGAAAGAAUUAAGUGAUUGGAAAAUUAAGUGUGAAAUUGCUGUUGGACCCGAGCCCUAUAUACAUAUACACAAACAUAUGUACAAAUUAUAUUUCCACUUCCAAUAUAAACAAUAGCGUUCAUAAAAUGUUUGAGAACAGUACUGAAAAGCUUUAUCUGCGUGCAGGACAUUUCGAAAAAUCAACUGCAAUAACACUUGUCCACGCAAUCAUAUGUACAUAUAUUUUUACUUACAUUUGUAUACAUAUAUUUAUACGCAAAAAACCACAAAAGUGUACCGAAUUUCGAGUUUUUAUAAAUCACAAUAGGUAUAAACCUAACCAGUUAAAUCAGAAACGUCAAAUUUACACAUGUAUAUAAGCAUAUACAUUGUAUUUUAUUUUUUUAAUAAAAAAUUCUAAACAAAAUUAUUCUUAUUAUAAGUUCGAAGUAUUGUUGCCCCCGUUAGAAAGGUUCUUACGGUUGAUAACUCUUGUGCCAACAUUGUAGAUUGAAAUGUUUUUUGACAAUGCUAGGUGUUUAUCAUAAAUAGUUAAAAUGAUGAUUACAAUUAUACUGGCAAAUGAUAUUUUAAAAAUAUACUUUUCCAAGUAAAAACCUAUACCACAUGUGACUUAUUUAAUUAUGGUUAUAUACAAAUUUUUGAAGCUAAUAAAUCAAGCAGUUAAGAAAUGGGAUUGAAAAUAUUGGUUACUAUAUAAAGUGUUGUUGAUUUAAAAAGUUAUAAGAUUUUCAUAUUCAAUCAUAUUGUUUUUAAGAAAAUAAACAUGGAUCAACAUAUAUAUAAAAUAAUCAAUAACCAAAAAGUGUCUAUAAAAUUUUGAAAAAUAUGAAAAUGAUAAAAAAAUUUAGUUCACAAGAGUUCUUUUUCUAAAUUAUAAUAAUUGUAAAAUUUGAGGAUGUACAAAAUAUUUAUUUUACAUUUAUAAAUCGGAUAACAUAUGUAUGUAUGCACUUACACGUACUUUGAUUCUGUGCAUGCGAAUAUGUUCUGAAAAUGGAAAAUAUUUAAUUUAUAAAGGAAGAACUAAAGAAAUGUAAUUAUUUUAUUGGCGAUAAGCGCCGUAUUUACUUUAAGAUGAAAUUAUGCAGAAAUAAGCCACAAAACGGUAAACACAAAUCUUAAUGAUAGUGUAAAUCUAAGACCUAACUGAGCAGUGUAAAUUAUAAUAAAACUUAUAACGCUAUAAACAAUACAGAAUUUCCACAUUAAAUACAUACAUAUGUAUUGGAAUACAAUUUUUAGAUAAAAUUAUUAAUAAAAUUAUAUGGUCAAAUUAGUGAAUUUUAAUGAUUUAUAUACCGGUGUUUAUAUUUUUGUUAUAUUGUAAUGUAAUGUAAACAUACAUAUUAUACAUGCAUACUAACAUUAAAUUGUAGAUUAUAAUAGCUAAUUUAUGCGAAGAGACCGAACAAUUUCAAAUUACAAUAAGGAACACACUCACAGACUCACAGACGGAAAAUAUAAGUCCAGAAAAAUGCAGUGUGUACACCAGGUACUUAUUUACAUUAUUUAUGUAUAAAUGUAGGCAUAAAAAACAAUGCAUUACUUAUAUAAUGCACAUACUCGUAAAUAUAGCCUAUUUUUAUUCAACUAUACAUAUUUAUGCAUGAGUACUUGUGUGCACAUACCUAUGUACAUGUAUGUAUAACGGCGUGGUGAUUUGAAUUAAAAUUAAGAACUGGGAGUUCCCUUUACAAAUUCAAAUGGCAA